AAUUUCGUUACUUGCAAUGUACACGACAGGGAAUUCCACAGGAAGAGAGAGAGAGAGAGCACAUUUCAUUUGGAUUUGAGUUUCAUUUCAGAGAUCGCUUUCUAGAGAGACAGAGACAGAUUCUCUUUUCAUCGAGAUGAAUCGGGGUAGGGCGCGGGGUUUCAAUGAAUGAUCGAGAGAUCGAAAUCGAGUCGAUCGUUGGAACCCUAACUCCGAGACUUCGCGCAUCGUUUCCGAUGGUUCAUUGGUUGGAUUGAACCUAGCAAUUUCGGUACAUAGAAAUCGGUUAUCUGCGAAUUUUCGUUCGAUCUCUGAUAUCUGAUCGGACGGCGCUGCAGAUCUGAGGGAGAAACAAUGCCUUCGCACGCGGAUCUGGACCGUCAGAUUGAACAUCUGAUGGAAUGCAAGCCUUUAUCGGAGGCUGAGGUGAAGACCCUGUGCGAUCACGCCAGGGCCAUUCUCAUCGAAGAAUGGAACGUACAGCCGGUGAAGUGCCCGGUGACGGUCUGCGGCGAUAUCCAUGGCCAGUUCUACGAUCUCAUCGAACUGUUUCGGAUAGGAGGGAAUGCUCCCGACACCAAUUAUCUAUUCAUGGGCGAUUAUGUCGAUCGUGGGUACUAUUCUGUGGAGACUGUCACACUCCUAGUGGCCCUGAAGGUCCGAUAUAGAGAUAGAAUUGUUAUUCUAAGGGGAAAUCAUGAAAGUCGGCAAAUAACUCAAGUGUAUGGUUUUUAUGAUGAAUGCUUGAGAAAAUAUGGGAAUGCUAACGUCUGGAAAUAUUUUACCGAUCUUUUUGAUUAUCUACCGCUUACAGCACUCAUCGAGAGUCAGAUUUUCUGUUUGCAUGGGGGACUUUCACCGUCUUUGGAUACAUUAGAUAAUAUUCGAGCCUUGGACCGUAUACAAGAGGUUCCGCAUGAAGGACCUAUGUGUGAUCUUUUGUGGUCUGAUCCAGAUGAUCGAUGUGGGUGGGGAAUAUCUCCCCGUGGAGCUGGCUAUACUUUUGGACAGGAUAUAGCUGCUCAGUUCAACCACACAAAUGGGCUCACUCUUAUUUCAAGAGCACAUCAGCUUGUCAUGGAAGGUUAUAACUGGUGUCAGGACAAGAACGUGGUGACGGUAUUUAGUGCUCCAAACUACUGUUACCGUUGUGGGAAUAUGGCUGCUAUACUUGAGAUUGGGGAGAAUAUGGAUCAGAAUUUUCUUCAAUUUGACCCAGCACCACGGCAGAUUGAGCCUGACACCACGCGCAAAACUCCUGAUUAUUUUUUGUAAUCUUGUUUCUAUUGGCUGUGUAGUCCUCAUUUGCCAUCAUCGCUAGUUGUGUCUGAGAGAAAGGGAGUUUCUGUUGUUUGAAGGUUUCUGUCAACAUUAUUCUUUCGUUUUGGGGAGGGAGGGAAGGGAAGGGGGGGGGGGGCAACUGCUGCCUUGUCUGUGAUGUGAUUUCGAGGCUGAAGAAAACUAAGGCAGCAGAGUUUUUCGUCUUGUAUAUUUUUGUUUUAAAUUUUUUUUUCCAGAGUAAGCAGUGAUAGGGUGAUAGCAGGUAUAUCUUGUUCUGUAAUUUUACAAUUUAAGGUAAGAGUUUUCGAGAUGGAAAACAGCUUCUCAUUGUCGCAAGACUGCAAAAUGGCAAAUGAAAAUGCAGGCAAUGUACUAAGAGGAGAUUGUUGGUUGCCAGAUGACAUGGUUCGAUAAUUUAAUGCCAGAUUAUCUUUU